UUCAAAUGGAAUGCCGAUUGCCAUAGAUGUUGCGUCUGAACGCACCGUAACUAUAAUUGGUGUGAUUGAUAACAAAUUUUUUCAGAUUAAGUAUUGCUGAAACGAUGGAAGACUUUGACGAUUUGUUUGACGCGUUUGACGAGUGCAACGAUCAAGCGUCUUCAAGAGCAAUAACUGGUGCGAAGCGCCAAGGUGACGAUGUUAAUAGUAACUCAUUGUUUAAAAAGUUAAAAACUGAUGUUUCCGUGGAUGACAUCAACUUAGAAAGUAUCGUUGCCAGAAUAAGGAUUCAUAAAAUAGAUACAUUGGAAUCUUGCACUCACGAAGUGGCAGUGCCAGCGGAGAAGGAGUAUAUUCCAUUGGAAAAUGUUUCCAAAGCUCCGGCUAAAGAGUAUAAAUUUACUCUUGAUUCUUUUCAAAAGGAAGCUAUUUUGUGCAUUGAAAACAACCAGUCUGUUUUGGUAUCAGCCCACACGUCUGCGGGAAAAACUGUUGUUGCCGAGUAUGCCAUUGCCUGUUCGCUGAGAGCUAAGCAAAGAGUCAUUUAUACAACCCCAAUAAAAGCACUGAGCAAUCAAAAAUUCAGAGAGUUCAGUGAAGAGUUCAAAGAUGUUGGUCUGAUGACCGGUGACAUCACAAUCAAUCCCACAGCCAGCAUUUUAAUCAUGACGACGGAAAUUUUGAGAAAUAUGCUCUACAGAGGCUCAGAGGUAAUGAGAGAAGUAGGUUGGGUGAUAUUUGAUGAGAUUCACUACAUGAGGGAUAAGGAAAGAGGAGUAGUGUGGGAAGAGACGUUAAUUCUCUUGCCGGACAACGUUCACUAUGUAUUCCUUUCCGCUACUAUCCCCAAUGCUCGGCAAUUCGCAGAAUGGAUAGUUCACUUGCAUCACCAGCCGUGUCAUGUUGUCUACACAGACUACAGACCUACACCUCUACAGCACUACAUCUUCCCUGCUGGAGGAGAUGGGAUUCAUUUGGUGGUUGAUGAAAGCGGUCAGUUCAAAGAAGAUAACUUUAAUAAGGCUAUAAAUUGCUUGCAAGGUGGUUCUGUAGAAAAAAAUGAUAUUUCAAAGAAUCGUAGAAGUGGCUCACAAAAGAAGAACUUUGGACAGUCUAGUAUUUUUAAAAUCGUCAAAAUGAUCAUGGAGCACAAUUUCGCCCCUGUAAUUAUUUUUAGUUUCUCAAAGAGGGAUUGCGAAGCCUAUGCGUUACAGCUCGCCAAGCUCGAUCUAAACACUACCGAAGAAAAAAAACUAGUGGACGAAAUUUUCAAGAACGCUAUCGAAGUCCUGAGCGAGGACGAUCGAAAAAUACCACAAAUUCAACAAAUCUUACCACUGUUGAGACGUGGUAUUGGUGUACAUCAUGGUGGUUUAUUGCCAAUUAUAAAGGAAACUGUUGAGAUUUUGUUUGGUGAAGGUCUCAUCAAGGCGUUGUUUGCCACCGAGACCUUUGCUAUGGGACUGAACAUGCCUGCCAGGACAGUCGUGUUUGCGGCGCCAAAAAAAUUCGAUGGCAAGGACUUUAGGAUGAUCACAUCGGGAGAAUACAUCCAAAUGUCAGGGAGAGCAGGCCGAAGAGGUUUGGAUAAAAAGGGAAUCGUUAUCCUGAUGAUUGACGAGCAAGUCAGCCCUACUGUUUGCAAGGAGAUUGUUCAAGGCAAAGCAGAUCCAAUGAAUUCAGCUUUCCACUUGACUUACAACAUGGUUUUGAAUCUCUUGAGAGUCGAGGAUAUUAAUCCUGAAUUCAUGCUUGAGAAAAGUUUUUAUCAAUUUCAAAAUGAAGCCUCGAUUCCGGAUAUAUUUGACAGGGUAAAGAAUUUGCAAGAAAAGUACGAGGAAAUUAAGAUCGAUCAAUUGCAGUAUCGAAAUUUAGAGGAGUAUCAUAAGAUAAAAGAACAGCUGGAAUUUCUCAAUGCAGAUUUCAGAUCGUUUUUGACUAAACCAAAGUAUUUGAGUCCAUUUUGCGUGCCGGGCCGAUUAAUACAGAUACAAAAUGAUAAAGGCUCGUUUGGUUGGGGCGUGCUGAUAAAAUUUAAAAAGAAAAAACCGAAAGAAUCUGAAGAAAUUGAGCAAUCAAAAAUUACCUUAGAUGUUUUACUCAAUAUUUCUAAAGACUGCAUAAAAGAGUCUCCCGUUCCCUGCCCAGAAGAUGAGGAAGGAAAAGUGGAGGUAGUUUCCGUAUUACUUACAAAUGUAGCCAAAAUAAGUGAAGUAAGGAUGAAGUUCCCAUCCAACAUACGGCGAGAACCAAAAUGUAGGAAAGACUUGUACAGAUUAGUACAACAGUUGAAGAAUAGAUUUCCUCAGGGUAUACCUUUGUUGGACCCCAUCAAGGACAUGCGUAUAAAAGAAACGGAGUUCAAAGAAAUCGUUAAAAAAAUCAAGGCCUUGGAGAAAAAAUUAAAAGAAUAUCCGGUUCACCAGGAACCCAAUGCGAAUGAGCUGUAUAAAAAAUAUAUGCUAAAAGAAGAAAUCGGUAAAAAACUAGAUGCCGCUAAGACAGAGUUAAAACGAGCGAAAUCGAUACUACAGAUGGAUGAACUGAGGCACCGAAAACGAGUACUGCGUCGCUUAGUCUACUGUACGGCAUCAGACGUCAUAGAAAUCAAGGGCCGCGUGGCUUGCGAACUUAACGGAGCUGACGAGUUGCUACUCACAGAAAUGAUUUUCAAUGGACUGUUCAAUUCGAUGACUGUACCACAGAUGACGUCCUUGAUUAGUUGUUUCGUGUGCGACGAAAAAUCCACUGAAAUGCCCAAGAGCGUAGAAGAACUUAGUGAACCUUUGAGGCAGAUGCACGACAUUGCCAGGAGGAUCGCUAAAAUUUCAGCAGAAUCGAAUAUCGACAUUGAUGAAGAUGCGUACAUUGAGAGAUUCAAGCCGUUUUUAAUGGAUGUUGUGUAUGCCUGGUGCAAAGGUGCAACGUUUUUGCAGAUCAGUCAGAUGACUGAUAUUUACGAAGGUUCAAUCAUCAGAUGCAUGCGACGGUUGGAGGAAGUUUUGCGUCAACUUUCACAAGCAGCCAAGAGUAUAGGUAACACCGAUCUAGAGAACAAAUUCUGUGAAGCGAUUAAAUUAAUCAAGAGAGACAUUAUUUUUGCCGCUUCGCUUUAUUUAUGAGUGAACAAUUGGUAAAGUUGAGCAUUUUUCCAUUCACUUAGGUAGAAUAAUUUACGAAAGAAAAAAAAAUUGUACAAACAACGAUGAAAUAAUUGCGUAGAAAACUUAUUUUUGUGCGAUGAUACGUUACUUGAUUAUUUAAGACAUUAUGGCACGUUAUUUGGUGUAAUAAUAUUUUGUAUCGUCAUCAAAACGUAUUUAUUUAAGGAUAUAUGACCAUUUCAAUUAUCAAGUAAAACUGUAUUUUUGUACAUAUGAUACAAAAAAUAAACUUGUACGGAAAUCAA